ACGGGCAUGCACGUUUGUCAAACGCGUUCUGACCUGAAAUUCGAUUGGCUAGUUGUCGCACUUGCAGCAAUUUUCAGGGUGUGUCAAGAUAGCACGAUCAGAUCGAAACUUCUUUCAUGUGAAGAGUGACAACAAUGCACGGAGUAUUUUUGGUUUGGUUUGGUUUCAUCGAUAAGUAGUCCCACGUCAAACGUGACGUUCUAACCACCCUUGAUCCAACAUUUCGCACCUAUCGAAGAUGAUUCCUUCCAAAGGACGGUUAUUCACUCCGCUAUGAUUCACCACCGAGAAGAGGAAAAGAAACAUAACCGUAUGGUAAAAUUCCCCUGAGCUAGACUCAUCAUCACCAGACAUUGUUGUCGUUGACACCUUCAAUUAGCACCUGGCAGGACUCAAAUCACCGUCCCACUAUAAAGAUCUUGGUUGUUGACAGCCCCGGCCACAGUCUUCCAAUCGAAGUGACACCAUUCAAAGUGGGACGAGAUAACCAGCAGAAAAAAAAUGUUCAAAGUGCUGAUCACCCUAUUUUUCGCGGUUCUGAUUGGACUGGCCGCGGCCGCGCCCCAUUACGGUGGCGGAGGAGGAGCAGUGAUCGUCGGAGGUGCCCCGGUGAUCGUGCGACCUGCAAUUCGACGACCUCCGGUUUUGCUGCGAAGACCCGUGGUUGUUCAGCGGGUUGUUCAACCUGUUGCAGUGGUUCGCCCAAUCGCCGCUCCGGCGGUUCUUUUGGGAUAAAAAUUUUGUGUUAGUUGGGCAAACUUUUAAAUAAAAUAAUCAAAUAUCUAAUGAUAAUGAUAACAAACGAUGAAAAACGUUGCUUUUAUUGAUACUUUUGAUUUUUUUGAUUUGAUUGAUUUUUUAUUCGGUAGGAAAAGCCAUCAAAGCAGUAGCACCAAAAACCUACAUCUUUUUAAUACAAUAUACAAUACAUUUUAGUGUUUACAAUUAACUUUUAAAUAUCCGGUCAAACUCCAUUGGUUUACACCUGUGAAGGAGUUUGGAUGAAAUCACUUUGUUGAGUUUAUUUUUGAGCUGUCCUCUUUGUAGAAGUGAUAAUUGCAGUUAAUUAACGUUGAUGACUGUCAAUAAAUCGACUAGAAAACGUCGUCGAACUCCUCAAGAUCUUCAGUCUUCCAAAAAGUCUUCAACAUCAACCAUGAAAUCAACUCUACUCCUACCAAUCCUGUUGAUCUCCGUGGUGGUGGCCUUCCCCCACGACAAGGAUGACCGACGUCCACAAACUGUGGUGGUCACUCCCGGUGGCAACAACGGGAUUCGAGGUCAGCAGCAGCAGCCCCAGGUGGUGGUGGUGAAGCAGGGUCCGGGAUCGGUUGGAGGUCGUCCACCAGCGACUGUGGUCGUGCAGAACCAGAAGCCCCUGCAGCAGCAGCAAAAGCGAACGGUUGUUGUCGUCCAGCAACCCGGUUCUAAGAAGCAUUUCCAGCAGUAACAGCGGACGGUUGUUGUUGUCCAAAACGGAGAUAGACCGCGUCAUUGAGUUUAUGAUUAGGUUUAGAGAGAGUUUAAAAGCG